GGGCCGGGGGCCAGACCAAGGCCAGAGGCGGGACCAGCCGCCGCCGUCUCGGUCUUGUCCCAUCCCCAACAGUGCCGGGCAGCCGCCACUGGAGAAGCGGAAACUGCCGGGUGCGCCGCGCCGGACGAGAACGCGCCGAGGAGCAGCCGGGCCGCCUCCGUCCCGUCCAGACCCAUCGAGAGGCCGCGGAGCCCCCUUCCCCGCGCCCCGCCCCGGCACUGCCCGAGCUCGCCGCGCGCCCCCGGACCGACCCCCGCCGCCCGAGCGCGCCCACCUGAGCCCAUCCGUGCCCACCUGAACCCGUGCGCCGGCGCCAUGGCGGAGCAGGAGAGCCUGGAGUUCGGGAAGGCGGACUUCGUGCUGAUGGACACCGUCUCCAUGCCCGAGUUCAUGGCCAACCUCCGGCUCAGAUUCGAAAAAGGGCGCAUCUACACCUUCAUCGGGGAAGUCGUUGUCUCGGUGAAUCCCUACAGGCUGCUGAACAUCUAUGGGAGAGACACGAUUGAGCAGUACAAAGGGCGGGAGCUGUACGAGAGACCGCCGCAUCUUUUUGCCAUUGCCGAUGCUGCUUACAAGGCAAUGAAGAGGCGAUCCAAAGACACCUGCAUCGUGAUAUCCGGGGAAAGCGGAGCUGGUAAAACGGAAGCCAGUAAAUACAUCAUGCAGUAUAUCGCGGCCAUCACCAACCCCAGUCAGAGAGCCGAGAUCGAAAGAGUGAAGAACAUGUUGCUGAAGUCCAACUGCGUCCUGGAGGCUUUCGGCAACGCCAAGACCAACCGCAACGACAACUCAAGCAGGUUCGGGAAAUACAUGGAUAUCAACUUCGAUUUCAAGGGGGACCCCAUUGGCGGACAUAUCAAUAACUACCUCCUGGAAAAGUCUCGAGUGAUUGUGCAACAGCCAGGAGAAAGAAGCUUUCACUCUUUCUAUCAGCUACUCCAAGGAGGUUCAGAGCAGAUGCUACAUUCUCUGCAUCUCCAGAAAUCCCUUUCAUCCUAUAACUAUAUCCACGUUGGAGCCCAACUAAAGUCGUCUAUCAAUGAUGCUGCGGAGUUCAAAGUGGUAGCUGAUGCCAUGAAAGUAAUUGGCUUCAAACCUGAGGAGAUUCAAACAGUGUAUAAAAUUUUGGCUGCUAUUCUUCACUUGGGGAAUUUAAAGUUUGUCGUGGACGGUGACACGCCUCUGAUCGAAAACGGCAAGGUGGUGUCUAUCAUCGCGGACCUGCUGUCCACCAAGCCGGACAUGGUCGAGAAAGCCCUCCUUUACCGGACGGUGGCCACGGGUCGGGAUGUUAUCGACAAGCAGCACACGGAGCAAGAAGCUAGCUACGGCAGAGACGCCUUCGCCAAGGCCAUAUACGAGCGCCUUUUCUGUUGGAUCGUUUCUCGCAUCAACGAUAUCAUUGAGGUCAAGAGGUCUGACGCCACCAUCCACGGGAAGAACACGGUCAUCGGCGUCCUGGAUAUCUACGGCUUUGAGAUCUUUGACAACAACAGCUUUGAACAGUUCUGCAUCAAUUACUGCAACGAGAAGCUGCAGCAGCUCUUUAUCCAGCUGGUCCUGAAGCAAGAACAGGAGGAGUACCAGCGGGAGGGCAUCCCCUGGAAGCACAUUGAUUACUUCAACAAUCAGAUCAUCGUGGACCUGGUGGAGCAGCAGCACAAAGGGAUCAUCGCCAUCCUUGACGACGCCUGCAUGAACGUAGGCAAAGUCACCGAUGAGAUGUUCCUGGGAGCCCUUAACAGUAAACUGGGCAAACACGGCCACUUUUCCAGCCGGAAGCUCUGCGCCUCAGACAAAAUCCUGGAGUUUGAUCGAGAUUUUCGCAUUCGACAUUACGCAGGCGACGUGGUCUAUUCUGUCGUUGGUUUUAUUGACAAAAACAAAGACACCUUAUUUCAAGACUUCAAGCGCCUCAUGUAUAACAGUUCAAACCCGGUGCUGAAGAAUAUGUGGCCUGAAGGCAAACUGAGCAUCACAGAGGUGACCAAGAGGCCGCUGACCGCCGCCACCUUAUUUAAGAAUUCCAUGAUUGCUUUAGUCGACAACCUUGCAUCAAAGGAGCCAUAUUACGUACGUUGCAUCAAACCCAACGACAAGAAGUCCCCACAGAUCUUUGAUGAUGACCGCUGCCGGCACCAAGUGGAGUACCUGGGGCUGUUGGAAAACGUGCGGGUGCGUCGGGCAGGCUUUGCCUACCGCCAGACCUAUGAGAAGUUUCUUCACAGGUACAAAAUGAUCUCUGAAUUCACCUGGCCCAACCACGACCUCCCUUCAGACAAAGAGGCUGUCAAGAAACUGAUUGAACAUUGUGGCUUUCAGGAUGACGUCGCUUACGGGAAGACCAAAAUUUUCAUUCGAACGCCCCGAACACUGUUUACCUUGGAAGAGCUCCGUGCCCAGAUGCUCGUGAGAAUUGUCCUCUUUCUGCAAAAGGUGUGGCGAGGCACCCUGGCCCGCAUGCGGUACAAGAGGACCAAGGCGGCUCUGACGAUUAUCCGCUACUACCGUCGCUACAAAGUGAAGUCCUACAUCCAUGAGGUGGCCAGACGUUUCCACGGCAUCAGGACCAUGAGGGACUACGGCAAGCACGUACAGUGGCCAACCCCGCCCAAAGUUCUCUGCCGUUUCGAGGAGGCCCUGCAGGCAAUUUUUAAUAGGUGGAGAGCAUCCCAGCUCAUCAAGACCAUACCUGCUUCAGACCUGCCCCAGGUUAGGGCAAAGGUGGCAGCCGUGGAAAUGUUGAAGGGCCAAAGGGCUGACCUCGGACUCCAGAGGGCCUGGGAGGGCAACUAUCUCGCUUCGAAGCCAGACACCCCUCAGACCUCGGGCACUUUCGUCCCUGUCGCGAAUGAGCUGAAGCGGAAGGACAAAUACAUGAACGUCCUUUUCUCCUGUCACGUCCGUAAGGUGAAUCGGUUUAGUAAGGUGGAAGAUCGGGCGAUUUUUGUCACUGACCGUCACCUGUAUAAGAUGGACCCCACGAAGCAGUACAAAGUGAUGAAGACCAUCCCGCUGUACAACUUGACCGGUCUGAGCGUCUCCAAUGGAAAGGACCAACUCGUAGUGUUCCAUACGAAGGACAACAAAGACCUCAUUGUCUGCCUCUUCAGCAAACAGCCAACCCACGAGAGUCGAAUUGGAGAACUGGUUGGCGUCCUGGUGAAUCAUUUCAAGAGAAGACAAAAUUAGCAUCCGGGCUUAGUUUCAAGAUUAGGAAUGAUCCUCUACUUUGCCAGCCUCCAGCUGAACCAACAGAGAGAGAUUUCCCUAAUGGCGAUUUCUUCACCACCAAUCCAAAUGUAAUUAAAUCCAAAAGACCGAAAACUCACGUUGCAUUCCUAUUGUGGUAGCUUCUCACUUACCCCAGAUAUACUCAGAGUAUCUAUUAGGAAUCUAAACAAAAUAGAAGGCAGGUUUAAGGACGUCCGUGAAAGGAACUCUGAAGAGGCAAGAACCUCUGCAAAACAUGGAGUCAUAAUGGAACAUGGCAUUGUCUAAGAACUUCAGAGUAAACCUAUGCAGUUCCUGGGGUGGUUGUGAUGUGAGAAAUACAAACAGGGAGCGGAUGCCGAUGGCGGUGAGGACCCUGGAAGGAGAAUGUUAAGUAGAGGACUGAUUUUGUCUGGUUCUUUACUGGAGUUGUUUUCGAGAUGGGGUUGUUCUUCCCAGAGGAGGUCGUGGGAUUGUUGGCGUUGGGUGUGUCUGUGCCUUCAGAGUCAGGUGUUCUUCCCGUUGUGGCACACUGGCUCUGCCCACCCACCGCCCUGAUGCCAGGAGGAGACCACCCUCCAAACUCAGGGACUGAGAAAUGAGCCCAAUGGCCAGCUGCUUUUCUUCCUUAAAGACAUUCCUACGUUGCCAAGAGUAAUCUAGUACUCCUUAUUAGUAUUUUUUUUCCCCUGUAAAUGUAGACAUGGCUUUUCUCUAAACAAAGGACUUUUAGAAUCUGGUGUCCACACAUCCCAUUCGUCUGUGCUCAUUUUUACGGAUCAGUGCAUAGAGUAACAUGUGAGAAGGGGGCUCCACAGGCCAUUUAUCUUCCGUAUUAAACCUUGUAUCCUAGUUCAAAACAGAUCUUUAAGUAUCUAAUAUCAUUAAAUGCUUUUAAAUGCUAUAAAUAAAAUGAUGUGUAACGGUCAUCUGGUGGGGGGAAAAAAUAAGAAUCUAAUUAAGGAAUUGCCCAAAGGUAAUAAUAAACAUAUGGGCCUUUGAAAAAUUCCCUCCAUCUGCCAAAUAAUUACAAAGCUCAGAGAAAUACUGAAGCGUUUAGAAUGGAAGGGAGAGACUUGGAGAAAAUAUCCCUGCAGUAAAGUCUGUGACUCAAGUAGGCAGGUCGGUUUUCCUCCUGAUAUGGGUUAUAGCAGAUUAUGGAUAAUCAGAAGGGUUUUAAUGUCUUAACUUUAAUUUGCGUGCCUAUACUAAUCAAUACACUUUGCCUGGGAAAUUGAAGUGUUUUGUUUUGUUUUCUUUUCUUUUGUUUUUUCCUCAUUCCGAGUCCUCAUUUAGCAAAUUCUAACCGCUGUUAAACGCCGCUGCAAGGGGUGGAAGUACGUGAAUUGGUUCUAGAAUCCAUCAGUUGCCUCCUUUUCCUAGCAUAUGUGUUCUGAGAUAUGUUUCUAUCUUUAAUAUAUGUAAGAAUUUUAAAUGUCUUUAAAAUUUAUAAAUGGAAAGAAGGAGAAGGCUGUCAAGAUGCUGGGUUUUUCUUUUAACUUUUUUCUUCAUGUCCUUAUCCUAUGUCCCUAAUUCUGUGAAUUAAGAAGUCAGUGGAAUUUCCAUUGCAGUGCAGCAGAAUCAAAUCCAAUUAGUAUCUGUGAGAAUGCAGUUUUGAUCCCUGGCCUUGAUCAGUAGGGUCAGGUGUCCGGCAUUGCUGUGAGCUGUGGUGUAGUUCACAGAUAAGACUUGGAUCUUUUGUUGCUGUGGCUGGGGUGUAGGCUGGCAGCUGUAGCUCUGAUUCAACCCCUAGCCUGGGAACUUCUAUAUGCCACGGUUGUGGCCCUAAAAAGCAAACAUAAAUAAAUAAAUAAAUAUAUUAAAAAAGAAAAAAAAAGAAGUCAGGUACAAAUAAGAGGGGAAAACCCCUCCCAUCUGCCUCAGAAAAUUCAGGCUUGAAAUUUUUUUAAUGGUUUUUAUUUUUUCCAUUAUACUUCGUUUACAGUUUUCUGUCAAUUUUCUACUGUACAGCAAAGUGACCCAGUCACACAUACAUAUAUAU